UUUGUGUUAUACGCUUUUUUUUGUUCGGUCAUUCCCUUCAUUUUUCUCUGUGAGGCGUGAAUUGAAAAAUUGGAAAAAAAAAUUAAAAAUAUAAUUGAAAAAUAAAUAAAUAAAAUGAGGGAAUACAGAAAAUGUCGUUUCAAUGCAGAACUUUACCGUCUUAGUGGUUAUCAAAGUGGAGGUGUUUGUCUAAAUUGUAGGCAUAAUACUGCUGGCAGAAAUUGUCAUUAUUGCAAACUUGGCUACUUUAGAGAUCAAAACAAACCAAUAACGCAUAGGAAAGCUUGCAAACCUUGUUUGUGUCAUCCAAUAGGCUCUAUAUCUCGAAAUUGCAAUCAAACAAGUGGACAGUGUAUUUGCAAACUUGGAGUUGAUGGCCCAACCUGUAAUCGUUGUGCUAAAGGCUUUCAACAAUCCCAAUCACCUGUUACGCCUUGUAUUCGUCCUCCACCAGCAGAAAAUGCUCUUUUUGAUUCAAAAAAUUCCGCAAAUAAAGAAGAAUGUGAUAAAUGUAAAGCGUCUUCUACACGUUUAACACACAAAAGAUUUUGCAAAAAUGAUUAUGCCUUCCAUUUGCAAGUAAUUGGCCGUGAAUUAAUUAAUGGAUGGGCUAAAUACUAUAUAAAAAUAAUUUCAAUUUUAAAAAAUGAAAUUAAAAACGAAGACUUUGGAAAAGAAAAUAAUUUUAAUUUAAUUGAACCUGGAGAAGAAAUGGCUAUUUGGUUAUCUGAAAAAUUGUUGGAAUGUAAAUGCCCAAAAAUUAAAGUUGGAAGAAAAUAUUUAAUUAUGGGUCAAUAUAAAUAUUCAACACCAACAACAACUUCUACUGAUUUUACAACAAACAACAAUGAAUAUUCAUCCAAAAAUAAAUUAAAAAAUUUAAUUUUAAAUCCAAAUCAUUCAAUAUUAAUAGAUUGGAGUUUGUCUUUAGCUGAUAAAUUUGAACGUUUUGAACGUCGACAUUAUAGAGAAAAAUGUUUAAAAAUUAAAAAGGUAGAAGAGGAGAAGGAAGAAGAAAAUAAUUUAAAUACAACAAUUGAAACUUUAAUUAAUAAUGAAGAAGGGGAAAAUUUAAAAAUUGAAAAAAUAAAAAAGAAAGGAGGAGUAGAGGAAGAAGAAAAUGGAAUUUAA